AUGAAUGUCGAUGCUUUAGCACGAUGUAUUAUGUCUGAAGCAUCAACUGGUAAUAGAAAUGAACAGAUAGCUAUUAGUUUUGCCUGUCAACGGAAUAGAAAUCAUGCAUCUAAUCAACGUCCAACACCUAGUGUCAUCAAACUGGCUCAAGAUAUUUUAGCAGGAAAAAUAAAUGAUAUAACAAACGGAGCAAAGCAAUGGUAUUCACCUCGUUCAAUGCCAAGUGAAGCACAAAAAAUCAGAUGUAAGAAAUCUGUUGGUAUAGGUCGUAUGGAUUCUAAUGGAGGAUUGGAAAAGUCAGAAUUAUAA